AUGACAUCACUGUCUGCUGCUGUCAUCACCGUAGUAGAAGCAAAUGAAAGUGGAGGAGGCGGAGGAAGUCCAUUUAAAAGAAGGUAUGGACUAAAGAAAAAAGAGGCAUCUGAAGAUGAUGCUGAUGAGGAUAUCAAAAGAAGGUCAGAAGGGUCUAGAAAGCUUCCAAGUUUCAAAAGCCAAUGAAAUUACUGGCUUGAUAAUAAUUCAGUCAAUUUGCAUGAUUUCGCCAUCCACAUCUUAAUCCUUACAUCAUACUUCACAAUAUGCUUAAUUCAUUUAAUCUUCUUCAAUCAAAAAAUUGCACAUCUUGAUAAUAUUAACAUUGAAAGCCCCUGACAAAAUAGAUUAGCUUAAAAUAUAGAAGUGUAAUGUAUAAAAUCUGUCAGCAUUAAUCUGUUUUAUGUGUUUAUAUGUCUUUCAGUGUUCCAAUACUUUUUUACAGCUUGGUUUUGAUCUUUAUUCAUUUUUUACUAUUGCAUUAUUAUAUUGGAUUUAUUUUUGAACUAGCCUAUAAACAUUUUAAUAUAGUGUUGCAAUUUCGUACUCCAAACAUUAAAAAUAGUCAACAUGUGUUGCAUUGUAAAUAUUACGCUAUUCAUUUUGUACUCACACUACAUAUUGCCUGAAGGUUUUAUCUUACUGCCUGAAGCAGUCUUGCCAUAACUGCCAUCAUUUUACACAUUUGUAACUGAACGUACAUAUUCUGCAUGGGAAUAAAACUAAAACAUACAAAAAAAGUUGAAUUAUAUUAAUAUUAUGAAUCAGAGACACAGAGAGAAAAGUAGUAAUUUAAGUAGCAUAGCAAAGACAGAUGAUUAGAAUUAUCAUAUAACGUAGAAUACCAAAUUAAUUAAUGAUGAAAGUAUCCAUCAAUUGACUCCUUGAAAACUUAUAUUGCUUUAAAAAAAAUUUACUGUGAAAAAAAUAAUCACAUCAAACAGAAAAACAUUGUCAUAGUUAUCUUUGUUUCAAUUACGGUUGACAGGUUCACAGCAAUAUAUAAUGAUAAUUUAAGCAACUCGAUCAAUGGUUAAUACAUGUUGGUAAUUACUUGGUAAUUAAGUGAAUAUUUUAUUUUUAACAAUGAUGUAUACAAAUCAAUUUGUUAAAAUCAAUCCCUGGUGAAAUAAAUUUUCAAAAAUCCCUAUUUGAGUAAGGAAGCAAUAAUAGGAAGUCAUGUGCAUCGAAGCGCGUGUCUCAAGAAAGCAAUUGUUCCACAAAGCUUGUCAUGACUUAAAGAUCACAAGAAUGCUUAACCAGCACUUUCUUAUUGAAACCUAUUUGUUUUCAAAUUGAAUGAUCUUGCAUAUAAGCAUUGAGCGUCAUGUUGGUUUUCAGUGAAAGCUAGCUUAAGGAAUGAAACUUUAUUUCCUGAUCAAUAAAGGUUUAGUCAAAAUCGGACAAUUCUGCAGAUAUGUAGGACUAUUCAAUACCUUUGCAAAAAUUUUUAUCUCAGGCAGUCAGCUUCUUUUAUAAUUUAACAAGAAUGAAUUUGAUAGGAAGUCGUUAGAUGCAAAAAGCCCAUUAAUAUGAGUCAAGCCCAUAUGUUAGGCCAGCAAUGAUGCGCAAUACAUAUCCUAUAAUGACGCUCAGCAUGUCACAUGGUUAGAUUUCUUGAAGUUAAAUAUUAAGCAGGAGGUAGUAUAUUAGCUGCUAACAAGCUCAUUUUUCAGGUAUAGACAGUGUGAUAUUACUUUAGUAUAGUUUAGAAUGUAGAAAUCGCAGUGCUUCACUUUCAUAUUGGCAAUAUGGGAAACUGCUGGAGGAAAUUUGUAGACUGCUUGUGCUAUUAUUGCUAUUCAGAGGAUUCGGAGAAGAAACCUCUUUUGUCAAAAGAUGAAGAAUAUGGAUCAAGUGUGGAUCCACCAGAAACACAAGCACUUAUUUUACAAUCUACAAACAACGAGAAUGAUACUACUGAUAACACACCACUACUCAAAGAACAUGAUAAAAGAUAUACACAGUUUGGAGAGGAACGAAAAAAUGUGACUGAAAUGCAAAGGAGUAAAUCUCAUCGGGUUACAUCACCAUACAAAAGCCCUAAACAUAAAUUCAAAAGACUGGGAAGUGAGCCACAACUGAUUUCAAUAAGAAAAGAAGAAGAAGUCCAAGAUGAAACUGAUUCAAUAUCAGGAGCAGCCCCCACAAAACGUCAAUUGACUGCGAUGGAAUUACUUCAAACUGAGACCACUUACAUACGAAACUUGAAAAUAAUUAUUGAGAUCUACAAACAGCCAUUGGAAAAUGCAAUAAAAACAGGAGAACCUAUUUUGGCUGCAGAAGAUAUCAGAAAUAUAUUUGGUGGGAUAUCUGAUAUACUGAAAGUUCAUUCUGAGAUGCAUCAAGAACUGAGUGAAAUGAUAUCAGAAUGGCAAGAAGAUUGCUGCAUAGCUGGCAUUAUCACAAAAUAUCAAAGCCAACUCACAAAGGUAUAUCCACCAUAUGUAAAUUACUUUGACAUGGGAAAGGACAUUAUUUUGAAGCAGAAGAAAUCAAAUAAUGCAUUCUCAGAGUUUCUCAUCAAUUGUUUCAACAAUCCAACAUGCUUGAAACAACCGUUAGAUGCUUUACUAAUCCGACCGGUUCAACGUUUGCCUAGCAUGUCAUUGUUAAUAAAUGAUAUGCAGAGGCGGACACCAGAAGAUUUGAAAGAUCAUACAGAACUUGGGAAGGCAAAAGAUUCCCUGAAACAAGUACUUUCACAUAUCAAUGAAGAUAAAAGAAAAACAGAAGGAAAAAUGAAAAUAUUUGAUAUCAUUUAUGAGGUUGAAUUUUGUCCGGUUGAAAUCGUAUCUUCAAAUCGACUGUUCAUAUGCCGAGUCAAUGUCACAACAUCAAACGAAGGAUUAUAUAGAACUGGAGACAGACUUGCUCUCUAUUUACUUACUGAUAUGAUUGAAGUAUCCAAAUUCAAACGAUCACCUGGAAGGAAUUCCCCUUUGCUAAAGCACAUCAGAACGAUCCCUUUGACGAGUAUUAAAUCAGUAAUAGAUAUUAACGAUACAGAAGAAUCACAAAAUAUGUUCGCAAUCCAUCUUGAGAAUGAACAUUCUGAUAAAAUUAAUGGGAAUGGAAACGCCGCACACUCCAAUCCAAACAUGGAUAAGAUGUGUGUCUGUCAAGUACUUGAUGAUCGUACUUACAAAGAAGCAUUUUUGAAGAAACUGAAUGAACAAAUUCUAAAAACUUCAGAAAAAGACAAUAAUGAGCCGUUGAUGAAGAAAAUGGAUCCAAGUGAAGUACAGCCUUUACUGAGAAAAGGAAGCCAUAGAGUAUUCAGAAGAACAAGGAGCAAGACAAAAAGAGAUUAAAAUCAAACACAGACUAUUGUCGUGGUGACAAAAAACCAACGCACCAUCUUCCUUGAGCAAAUAUUUUAUGCAAAAAAAAAGAAAACAUUUCGGAAGCUUAAUAAAUCCUCCCUUUUUGAAUAUUGUGUCACUGACAAGCAAAAUACGAAAAAAGGCUGAUCGAAGAAAAUCAUCAAACUGGUAUUUACGUCUCAAAAAUACAGUAGAUUCACUGUGGCAUCCAUAUUAUUCUGAGAAAUUGAGAGAACUGAGAACUUCGUAAUGAAGCCACCCCGCACUCAUAACAUGUAUAUUUAAAUGUACCAGUAUAUUGUGUACAUGUCGACCUGUCUUGUUACAAAGUUUCGCCAAUGCUUAUUUUUCGAUACUGUAUUUUUGGUUGAAAGCAGGGUUUGAAAUGAACCCUAACAAAGUUUCAGUAACAGAAGAAGGCUUACUAAGUCUCAAGUUGAAUUAUAUGUAAAAUGAUGCAUUACAACUACUAGAGCUAUUAAAGCAGAAUUUCAUGAAAAAAAUUCUUUUCAUUUGUUGAGUGGCUUGCACAAAUUUUUCUGCACAAUUGUGCUAGCCUGUAAAGAUACUGUAUAUUUUAUAUCUUUUGUCUAAUUACUUGUUAUUUUUGAUUACUAUUAAUAUUUGUUAUCUUUUUUGAUUGUUGUUCAAAUCAGUCAUGAAAAAUAAACAUUGUGAUGAGGUGCAUUUUGACCUAAAAAUAGAACUGUUGAAAAUAAUCUUUGAACUUGUUAAUGAAUUGUUUGUGCCUGUCCUGUGAAGUUUACCCACACGCCAGGGAUGUCCAAAACUAAUCGAAUUCAUUCGAAAUACAUUUUGUUUAAUAUAGUAAAUCUUUGAAUUUAGGAAAAAAAUUUAGAAUAAUUUGAGCCGUCACACGAGCGGAUCUAAAUGUACGAUAUCUCAAUUGAUAACAACCAACACAAAAAAUAAUGACCUUUUUAAUUUACGCCGCUUUGGAUAUGAUGAUAUUUUCCCACAUGAACUUGCUCCUAAUUUAGAAUGUAAUUGAUAUUCCGUUUUUGGAAUUGUGAAAUAUUCGGUAUUGGCCAUCCCUGCCCACACCAACUUUAAUUUCAAGAUUGUAUGUUAAAUCAGUGGUUGCCAAUUCUGUAAAAAGUCGUUGCAUACUCAUUGAACUAUAAUAUUAUGUUAAUAUUUGUUUGAAAAAAGUGAUAAUAACCUCGGCAAUGCGUGAGAAUUUUGCCAUAUUUUUCAAAUUUUACAAUUACUCUUACUCCAAGAUCCACAGAACUAUUGAAAUAUCAUGAACAUGAGUUUUAUUACAAAAUUAAUUCAAUUCGAUAAUAUCAUCCCUAGCUCACUUUUUACUCGACUGAACGCUGCCAGUGUGUAACCAGGUCUAUUUAAAGCUUAAAACUUACUAUUCAAGCUGAACCCCCAAACUCAUACUGGGAACUGCUGGUCGAAGGUUAAAACACUGUAAUAUUAUUUGAACAUAUGAAGAAUAAGUAUAAUAUUUGCCAUACUUUUUUUGCUAUCUUUACUUGAACUUCCAAUAGGGUUCCACUUGAAGCAAACCCAUGUUGAUGCAUUUUAAUUGUUAUUUCACGACUCACGAGCAUUACUAAUCUUUUUCGUAUUCUUAUCUUUUAUGGAUAUCUGCCGCAUCAAAGUUGAUAACUGGUAUUUAUGGGGAUUCAAGAUUUGUAGAUUAGCAUGCAUUUGAUAUAAAGCAAAUAGUAUAUCAAAUGUGAGAGUUGAAUUAUAAUAACGUAUUUCUUAGUGCUUCAAAUUUUAGGUAUAUCUUAUUACACACUCUGUUCUUUUUGUGUUAAUUAAAUUGUGAUAAUACAAAAUUUACAUAUUCAAGCGCUUAA